UAAAAAGGGCACCUCAGCCUCUCCAAAGGCAUCAUUCCCACUCCUGCUUCACUGAGGAACAGCAGCAGGCAGACACCAGCGCAGGAACGGAUACCUUCUCUACCUUCUUUCUGUUUUUCUUUUCGUGCCUUUUUUUUACUUACACUUCAAGAGGACAACAUGCAGCCCUCGGCGCGAGCUCACACUCUUUACGGACAUGCGGAUUGCACAUCCACUGUGGCCAAACCGCAUGUGGGGAAAUCGUUCACCAUUGACGCGUUGCUGGCAAGGCCUGAGCAUGUGGAGCGCUCCAGAACGGGCUCCUCUUUUAGAGGCGCGCUGAGUAAUGCGCACAGCCAGAGCGGGCUGCUGCCUGUGUGCCCACCGCUCCCGCACUACAUGUACAGCCCGAGCUACGUGCACACACAGCCCGGUUACCCAGUCUACUACUGCCCGCCAUACGGCUACCAUCCCUCCUGCCGCACUGCAGUUUACUCACAAGAUGCAGUCCUGGCCAAAGCAGGCGCGCUCCCGCACUACAAGCACAAAGCUGGCAAGUCCAAGAGGAUGCGCACAAGUUUCACCAACGAGCAGCUUUCGCGCCUGGAGAAGGAGUUCGCGCGCCAGCAGUACAUGGUUGGCUCAGAGCGAUUCUUGCUAGCAUCUGCACUGCAGCUCACAGAAGCACAGGUCAAAGUCUGGUUUCAGAACAGACGCAUCAAGUGGAGAAAGCAGAGUCUAGAGCAGCAGCAGGCCAAGCUCGCCAAGCUGGGCCUCGCAGGACCACCCAAAAGCCCCGGCUCUCAGGGUCGUGAGGAUGAGGGAGAUGAGGACGAGCACGAUUUCACGGAAGAUUCCGAGGUGGACGUGGACAUCGACGAUUCACUCAACGAUUAAGGAGAGAAGCAGAGCUGAAUCAGAGCUCAUCCAGUGACUGUAGUGGCAACACUGCGUUUUGUACAUAUCUGAACUGCUUAAGAUGGAGUGGUUCUCUGUAAAAAUAUUUAAUGCAUAGAUAGUUAUAUAUUUAAGACUUUGUUUUGUAUUAUUGCUCUUGUGAGAGUAUGCUUCCUUCUUUUUGUAUACGUUUGUAUGGAUGAAAUAAACUAAAUUUAUUUU